AAUCAAAAUACUAUAAACUUCGUGCCUUAGGAGUGACUAUCUUGAUACGCUUAAGGCAGCGACUUUCCUAUCCUACCCUUGCGUCUUGUGUGCAACAGUGCUAGCAGGCCUUCGGGCCAAAUCACAUCAAAAUGCAACACGAUGAAGUAAUUUGGCAGGUUAUUGGCCACGUCAACUGCAGUUUUAGAGCCAAGACCCAGACGCAGAACUUUUGCCGCAACGAGUACAAUGUGACUGGGCUAUGCAACCGUAGCUCUUGCCCUCUAGCAAAUAGCCGCUAUGCCACAAUCAGAGAGGAGAACGGGAGAUGUUACCUUCUCUUGAAGACGAUAGAGCGGGCCCACUCACCCAAGAAUUUAUGGCAGAAGAUACGGCUUAAAAAGAACUACGCCGCGGCGCUUGAGCAGCUCGACCAACACUUGCAGUACUGGCCCAAAUUCCUCGUACAUAAGAACAAGCAGCGCUUCACCAAGAUCACGCAAUACCUCAUCCGCAUGCGCAAGCUGGAGGUCAAGGCGCGACCAAAGCUAGUGGGCAUCAACCGCAAGCUUGAAAAGGUGGAGCGGAAACGCGAGGCCAAGGCAGAGACGGCGGCCCACCUGGAGAAGUCCAUUGAAUCGGAGCUGCUUAAGCGGUUACAGAGCGGGACGUACGGCGACAUUUACAACUUCCCGCUCGCCCAGUACGAGAAGGUGCUCGAUGGGCAGGAGAUCAAAGAGGCGGAGGAGGAGGAGGAGCUGGGAGAGGAGUUUGUGGAGGGAGACGAGGAGGAGGAGGACGACGAGGAAGAGGAGAUUGAGUACCUGGACGAUGAGGAUGUGGAGCUGGAUGAGGAGGACAUGGAGGACUGGGAGGAGGGUGAAGAGGGACAGGAAGGGAGCGAGGAGGGCGACGAUGAGGAGGACGAGGACGACGUGGAGGGAGACAGCGAGGAGCCGGGCGCCUCGGGUGACGAUGAGGAGCAGGAGGAGGGCAGCAGCGGCGAGGGAGACGACGAUGACCUGUCGGGCGGCUCCUCAGACCAGGAGCCCUCGCCCUCUCGCAAGCGCAAGGCGGAGCCGCCGCGGAGAGGGCCGCAGCGGGCAGCCGGCAAGGGGGCAGCGGCAGCAGCGGCGGCAGGCAGGGCAGGGAAAGGUAGCGGGAAACAGCCGGCCAAGCGGCGGCGGCAACAGCUGGAGAUUGAGUACGAGGAGGAGCGGGAACAGACGCGGCAACUGCACUAGAGGGUGGUUAGUAAGGGCAUGGAGGUGCUGUGCGCUGGGGUUUGGCUCGUGGUUGGGGUCGUUGUGGUUGCGCAGGACUUGAGGUGGGAUGAGGAGUAUGGACAGGGCCAGCUGCUUGGCUGUGGGGUACACAAAACACAAUGGCUAUUGCAUGUUGUGGCGGUGUUGGGCAUGUGUAUCCCGGAAGCGCCUGCUUUCUCGUCUGGCAAGGGCUCUCCAAUGGUGGCUGGGGGCUGAGCUCAGGUACCGGAAUGCUCCGAUAUGUACUUCUCCUUGUACCACUCGUCGUACGAUCAACUUGAGGCUUUAUGCUGUACUGCAGUAGCUUUAAGAGUUUUGGACUUUUGAGGACGCUGGUGCAAGAUUGGCGCUUUUGGAUUGUCCAGCGUGGCAUGUGGUGGCUGAGGUACCUCGCGAUUGGUCUGGGAAGUGCUGCCGUCGGGACCACCUUGUAAUGAUCGUUGUGCAGGUAUCACACCCCCCUUGCAACUUGCUUUUAACGGAUAUCCAUACACGAUGG